ACGAUUCACCAUGUAGUCCCGCCCAUUCACGCGUUUCCUAGGAAGUGCAGGUUUUUACACACUUUACGAUCGAUUCAAACCGCGAUUGUACUGAUUUUAUUCACCCUGCUUUUUUAACACAAUGGAAGUCAACAGAACAGCCAAAACCUUCCUCAUAACCGGUGGAGGAGGUUAUUUCGGAUUCCGUCUCGCCAGUGCUCUCCUCCAAACCUCCUCAAACGUCGUGCUGUUCGAUACGAACCCCCCGAGCCAAGAGCUUCCCGAGGGAGUGGUGUUCACGCGGGCAGAUAUCCGGGAUUACGCGCAGGUGGAAGAAGCCGUCCGAGGCGUUCACUGCGUGUUCCACGUCGCCUCCUAUGGGAUGUCAGGACGGGAGCAGCUCAAUGCGAAACUCAUCGACGAGGUGAACGUGAAGGGGACGGAGAACGUCCUCAGGGCGUGCGUGGCACACGGAGUCCCCCGGCUGGUCUACACCAGCACAUAUAACGUAGUGUUCGGUGGUCAGGAGAUUAAGAACGGGGACGAAAGUCUGCCGUACCUGCCCUUGCACCUGCACCCGGAUCACUACUCCAGGACCAAGUCUAUCGCUGAGAUGCAGGUGUUGAAAGCAAACGGUUCACCGCUGAGUAACAGCACAGGUGUGUUACGGACUUGUGCCCUGCGUCCAGCUGGGAUAUACGGCCCCGGGGAGCAAAGGCACCUGCCCAGGAUCGUCACUUACAUCGAGAAGGGGAUCUUUAGGUUUGUGUACGGAGAUCCUGACAGUCUUGUGGAGUUUGUUCACGUGGAUAAUCUAGUGUCCGCUCACGUGUUAGCAGCCGAGGCUUUAACGGAAAAGCAGCAGCACUGUGCCGCCGGUCAGCCCUAUUUCAUCUCUGAUGGAAGGCCUGUCAACAACUUUGAGUUUUUCAGGCCUCUGGUUGAGGGUCUGGGAUACUCGUUCCCCACGCUUCGACUGCCGAUAUCGCUCAUAUACCUCUUCGCGUUCCUGACCGAGAUGCUUCACCAUGCCGUGGGUCGGAUCUAUAACUUCCAGCCCCUGCUGACCCGUACUGAGGUCUACAAGACGGGCGUCACGCAUUAUUUCAGUAUGCGUAAGGCACGAGAAGAGCUGGGAUACGAGCCGAAACAGUAUGACCUGGAAGAUGUGGUGCAAUGGUUUCGAGGCAGAGGUCACGGGAAAAAGAGCAGCCGGUCGCCAAUUAGGAAACUAAUUUUAGAUGUUGUUUUGGUGGUCGCGUUUGCUGCCGUGGUUCUGUCCUGCCUUCCAGUUGUGGGACACUGAAAUGUGCGUUGGCUUUCAUUUCAGGCCUGUGCCUUAUGUGAGGGUUCAUGUUAUUGUAGAAGGCUGUAAAGACUAAAUGCUGAUCAUUUUUAUUUCCACUCUUGUCCUUUCCUCGAAGGGUUUAAAUGAAUUGUGGGGGGAUUUUAAAUGAUCUCCCUUAUGUACAAUAAUAUUAAAUUACUUAAAAAAUACAAUUGUGCUUUUUGGUUCAAAUAAAUUAUACACUGUAAACAAAUGA